CCUGCAUAGAAUAUGAUGUCAUUUUUUGUAAUCACAAUGGCAGGUUGAACAACAGUACUUCAUUCUUGAAUUACCUUUUAGUUGAUAUUGUCGUCCAAAAUGUGUUGCGCUCAAAUAAGUGUUUUAUCAGUAUUUUUCAUCUCGUUGCUAGUAUCUUUGUUGACUUUGGCAAGUUGCUACAGGGAAUUUUCAGUCGAGAGUCCUGAUCUGUGCUCCCCAAAUAAGAAGAGCUUCAUAAAGCUGAGCAAUGGUCCAAAGUCGGGCCUCAUUGUUGAUCAGAAGCGGCUGGGCAACCACAACUUAGACUGGUCAGUGAAUUUCCUAUGCAAAUUUCAAGUGCAGGCACAGCAUCCAUUCAUACAUGCAGAUAGGAAUGGUUUGUUCGUGGUCAUCCAGAGCUUAUCAUUGAGGAAGAACGAAGUGACGGGAGAGUGCAUAGAUUAUGUGCAGUUUAAAAAUAAGAAGAAUGAGAGAAGCAGGAAGUUCUGCGGAGACAUUAAGGCAUCUCUGAGUAUGAGCAUUGGAAUGGAUUCCAGUGAAGAGACUGGUGAUAUCAGCAACAACACAUUCGUAGAUCCUUUUGGUGAAACGGAUGUCACCAUUUUCGUGGAGAGAACGGCGCUUGUUAAUAAUGCCGUCACCGAUUUUAAAAUGGUUUUCACUGUGUACAAGGCUUGCGAGCGAGCUUCCGAGAGUGACAUGCCGUGUCAAAGGAUCUUCUAUCCAGCUAAAUGCAUUUACAGGGACUUCAUCAACGACGGUUACAUCAAUUGUCCUUACGCUGGAUGCACCGAUGAAGAUGGAUGUUUUACCGUCAAGGAUGACUCCAACGUGAAGAAGGAAUCUCUUGGCAACAAGGUCUUGAUCGGAUCCGUUACCUCGCUCCUUCUCACCUUUGGCAUCUUCAUCUGCUGCAUCUAUAUGUGCAAGAAAUACGGGAAACUGUGCUGGUCCGAGGACUUUUCGAACAUGCAUUCAGGUCCUAUAGAGAGCGUCGAGGUUUUCAACGUGCAAGCGACGACAGCCUCCUCCACACAAGCAACAGCUCCGCAGGAGGACAAAGACCUUCCACCCAGCUACGACAGCCUCUUUCCGACCAGGUGAAGAAAGACCUGCGAAACUAGAGUAUUCUUUGUAAAAGUUUAGAUUUUAAAUUUCAAUUUCAUUCCAAGGGAACUUAGAUUAAUGACUACAACAUACAUAACGGAGAUUUAACAUAUUUAGAUUUAAGUAAAACGAAUAACAAAUGUGAUUGAAGAAUAUUUAAAAAAAAAGAAGGGAUGCAACAAUUUACUACUCGAAACAAAA